CAUAAGCAUUGCAGUAGUGUUCGCCUGUUCCGUAGAAACUUCCAGUAUAUUCUUGCGUAGUUAUGCCAUAUCCGUUCAAUACGCUGUUAAUACUACGCGAGUGUGUUCAAGAUAUUUCUACGUAUAUUUUAUUAUUUAUUAAAGUUGAACAUUAAUAUAUAAUAAAAAGUAUGACUGCGAGAUGGGAAAUAUACUUUUUGACAAUAUCAAUGUUAUUGUUUACUGUUUGUGUACAAAGUUUGCAAAGUUUAGAAGUAAUAUAUGCAAUAAAUGCUGGUGGAGAUACACAUACUGACAGUUAUGGAAUUCGUUAUACUAGAGAUCCUUUAAUGAAUAAAGUUGGAACUGCAUCUGACUAUGGCAAGCAGUUAAUUAUUGGUCGAGUAAAUACUAUUGACCAAAUUUUGUAUCAAACUGAACGUUAUCAUCAUAGCACAUUUGGAUAUGAUAUUCCAAUAAAUGAAGAUGGAGAUUAUGUUAUGAUAUUAAAAUUUUGUGAAGUUUAUUUUAAUUCUCCUAAUAUGAAGGUAUUUGAUGUUGUAUUAAAUGGAGAUCAUACUGUUGUUACUGAUUUAGAUAUCUUUGAAAGAGUUGGACGUGGUAUAGCACAUGAUGAAUAUAUAUCAUUUAAAGUUCAGGCUGGAAAGUUAAUAUAUAAUGAUGAAGAGUCUGAUAUAUUAGCUGGAAAAAUUAGAGUUGAAUUUAUAAAAGGUUAUAGAGAUAAUCCAAAGAUAAAUGCUAUUGCAGUGGUGAAAGGAAAUAUAGAAGAUAUACCACAAUUGGGCCCAAUUCCUCAAGAACCAGAAGAAUAUCAUAAUAUACAAGAAGAUGAGGAAGAAUCUACAGUUCGUAGUCGACAUACAAGUGGUCCUAGAACUCCAGAUCCUUAUUCAAUCGAUGAUUCUUCAGUAAUGUUACCAGUCUUUGUAGCUCUUGGGGCAUUUAUUCCUUUAUUAUUUUGCCUAUGUAAAUUAUAGGUGGUAAAAUUUUGCACAUAAAUGCCUUGUACUUAAAAAUAUAAUUUAAUCAGCUUAGGUAAGUUUAGAGCGUGGAAAUUUGCCUAUGUUGAUUAUGUAAAUAGUGGAAAUAUUUUUGAUUUUAAACUGUCAUUAUUUAUUAUUAAAAAUGUUUAUAAUUAAUUUAAUCAAAUGAACAUAUCUAUAUAUGGUUUUGUACAAUAAAUAAUUUAAAUUAGGAACGAAAUUAAAGAUAUAGAAAAGGUGAAAAGUUGUGUAAUCAUGUGACUUUUAAUAAUGUGUUCACUCAUGAUUUAUUUAAUUUUUAUUAUUAGAUAUGAAAUAAUUAUUUGCACAAAAGUUUACACAUCACCUUUUCUUUCAUUAUUUGAUUUUGAAUAUACUACAAAGAAAUUUAUAUUUAUAAUUAUAAUAUAUAUUUAUUAAUUUUAGAGAAAUUAAAAUAUAAUUUAGAAUAUGUCUGCUAAUUUUGAUUAUCAGAAAUUUUGAUUUUCAGAAAUAAUGGAAGAAAUUAAGGGGAAAUAAUAUGUAAAGACAUACAGUACAAUAAAUCUAAGUACUUUAUUUUAGUAAAUGCACAUAAAAUAUUAUAAAUGAAAUUUAUGAUUAAUUUAUUGUAGAAAAUUAAUGAAAUUAUUAUUUUAAUUAUGUUUCGGAUAUCAUUUAUGUAAGAAAUUUAAUAUACUUUUAUACACUUUGUUAAAAAUGAAAAUGAAUCCAACAGUCCAUAAAAUACCAAAGUAUUUGAAUUUUUUGCAAAUCAGAAAAAAUAAAGCUGUUACUAUUAUUCAA